AUGGCUGACGCAGUUGAACCCGCAGCCGCUCCGGAAGCAGUUCCUGAAGCCCAAGCUGGUGGAUUUUGGCAGCUAAUGAAGCAAGCAGUUACGAUAUACUUUAUGGUUUCGAUGGUUUCGAAUUUCUUGCGACCAUCCACACCGGGCACAAGCACCAAUGGAACAUCCACCACAGCGGCAGGAAACAAGGCGACAAACUUGUUCCCAAACCAUCAACUAUUCGAUUUAUAUGUUUAUAUGGAUGAAAAUGAAUUCCCGUUCAAACAAUUCGAUUCGGCUCCUGAGAAACUCGUUUGGAUGCGAAGCGCGAUGAGAUACGACGACUGGACGAGCGGUGAAAACAACGACGGAAGCUUCACCUCCACAGAACUUUUGCUCCGAAACGAAUCGUUAUACCUUCACACGUUUAUUGUGAAAACCGGACAAUCUCCAAAUCCCAAGGACAGAAACUACUUCAAAAAUCAAGUGGUUUACAAAAUGCACCAAUUGAACAAGUUCAAAAAGAAGUACUACAAAAAGACAGCGAAUUUGUUGACUGGCGAAAGUGAGCAAAGCGAAGAAGAUCUGGCAAAGGCCCAAGUUAUGAAAUUUGAGGUACUCAACCACUGGCACCCAAACAUUUCGAUCUCUCUUGUCGUUGAUCAAUCCCCAUGGGCACGUGGGUCAAUUCCAUCACCUCUCAGCGAAGAUAUCGAAUUUAAUGAAGACGGGGACGUCUACAAACCGAUAAUAUUCUAUAACAACUGGUGGAAUCUUGGGGCAGAUUAUCAGCCGAUCAAUGAAACUGUCAAGGAGCUCAAUUUGACGAUCACCUACUAUCCGAUGUCAAUUUUCAAAUAUCAAAUGUAUGCAAGUCAAAAGAUGCAGUCUCAAUGGCAGACUAUGCUUUCCAUGGAUAUGGGAGAUACAGAUGGCGAUGAGCAUGACUCAAUGAAACAAGCUCUCCUGGAAACAAAUCCUAUUCUAUUGGCAGUCACGAUGGUUGUUUCCCUUCUCCACACUGUCUUCGAAUUCCUCGCUUUCAAAAACGAUAUUCAGUUCUGGAACAAUCGAAAGGAUCUCGUUGGAUUAUCUGUUCGUUCGGUUCUUUUCAACAUCUUCCAGUCUCUUAUUGUUUUCUUGUACAUUUGCGACAACGAGACGAACACAAUGGUGAAGUUUACCGUUGGCAUUGGAUUGCUCAUUGAAUGCUGGAAGAUUCCAAAAGUCAUGAACGUCUCUGUCGAUUGGCAAAACAAGUGGUUCGGAUUGAUUCCACGUGUGGUGAUUGCUGACAAAGGAUCGUACGUUGAGAGUGAGACCAAGGUAUACGAUCAAAUGGCAUUCAAAUAUCUUGGUUGGGCUCUCUUCCCAUUGCUCGUUGGAUAUGCCAUAUAUUCUGUGAUAUAUGUGGAACAGAAAGGAUGGUAUUCGUGGGUCCUCAAUAUGCUUUACGGAUUCCUCCUCACUUUUGGAUUUAUCACUAUGACACCGCAACUGUUCAUCAACUACAAGCUCAAAUCGGUGGCUCAUUUGCCAUGGCGUAUGCUGACAUACAAAUUCAUCAACACUUUCAUUGAUGACUUGUUCGCCUUUGUCAUUCGGAUGCCACUUCUCUACCGUAUCGGAUGCUUCCGUGAUGAUAUCAUUUUCCUGAUCUAUCUAUACCAGCGUUGGGCUUAUCGUGUCGAUCCCACCCGACUCAACGAAUUUGGAACUAGUCUCGAAAAGGAAGCAGGUGCCGAACCAGCGGCAGUGGAAGGAUCUCAAAAUGUGCAAGAAACGGCUCCAGAAGAAGAGGAUAAGAAGACAAAGUAG